AUGUCCGGCCCAGGCGAAGUGGGCCAGGUCCUGGCAUCGUCCGCCACCGGCACUACCUUUUUGGUCUUGAUUCAACUGGCGUCGAGAGUCUUCACAUUCGCCUCCAACCAGGUGAUCUUACGAACCUUACCGCCAGCCGUGCUGGGCAUCGCAGCUCAACUGGAGCUCUACCAGCUGUCCAUUCUGUAUUUUUCGCGGGAAAGCAUUCGCUUGGCCAUUCAAAGACAGCCCCUGGCCGAGUGCUCGCCACCCAGUCAACCAAUCUCUGCUCAACGCGUCAACAAAGCAGCAACGCCAUCCACCAAACGGUCGGAUGCCUCCCAAUCCGUGGUGAACGUGUCCUACUUGAGCAUCGCUCUCGGGAUACCGUCAUGUCUCGCAUUUACGAUGCUCUAUCGCCAUUUUGGGUCCAUGGAGGUCUCCCAGGCACCCUUCUUCUAUCCUAGUGUGCUCAUGACCGGGGUUGCAUCGCUCAUGGAACUGGGCGUAGAGCCAUUCUUCGCUGUGGUGCAGCAGCGCAUGCUCUAUGAGAGAAGAGCCGCCGUCGAAAUGCCAGCAGCAUUCAUCAAAAGUCUCGUCAUCUGCUCAGCUUUCAUCUAUGCUGGGCAAGUCCAUUGUGAUGUUGGGGUCUUGCCCUUUGCUCUUGGCUAUUUGGCUUAUUCACUAGCCCUUAUCUGCGGCUACUCUCUGGCCAUGUUCAAAGAGGCGCACGAAGGCCAAUUUUCAUUUCUUCUCAGUUAUGUAAAAACCGGGUAUGUGGGAGGUGGAUAUAUAUGUGUGUGCUCGGUACGCGGGAAACCCAUGCUGACCAUACAUAGAGAUCCAUCGAAGUAUUACAUGCGUCGGUUUUCUCGCCAGCUCACAUCGCUAGCCGCCAGCGUAUUCUUCCAGUCACUUGUCAAGCACAUCCUAACGCAGGGUGAUUCAAUUAUGCUUGCAGCCAUGUCUAAUCUGGAGGACCAAGGCAUAUAUGCGAUUGCGUCCAACUAUGGCGGUCUCAUUGCCCGAAUUAUAUUCCAGCCACUGGAGGAGAGCAGCCGAAACCUGUUUUCGACCCUCCUCACCAGCGAUGACACUGGAACCCGAAGAGUGACCCACGUCCGUGCCGCCAAAGCUCACCUCUUAGACAUUCUCUACGUGUAUCAGCUGUUGUCGGUCGUCCUCUUUCCUCUAGGUCCAGUGAUGGUCCCACAGUUGCUCCGCUUCCUGGGGGGCCGUCAAUGGAUGUCACCUAAGGUCGGGGACUUGCUUUCUCUUUUCUGUUACUAUAUCCCCUUCCUGGCAUUCAACGGAAUCACAGAAGCAUUUGUGUCCUCGGCGGCCAACACCCGGGAGAUCCGGAAACAAACAGCCUGGAUGGGUGCCUUUUCUGCCUGUUAUGCCGUGGCGGCCUACAUUUUCCUAGAGGUGGGCGAUCUGGGAGCGUAUGGCCUGGUACUGGCCAACAUUGUGAACAUGGCGGUCCGGACACUGUGGAGCUACCUCUUCAUCAAGUUCUAUCUCAGACGAAAUGGCGAUGGCCUCCGUCUCAAGGAAGCAAGCAUUCGGCCGGGCUGCUACAUCGUCGCGGUCACAGCGGUGGCCAUAUCGGCUCAACAGAGACUGUCGAGACCGGAAAGCGGAUUCAUCCAAGCAACUGCAUUCAGUGGUAUAUAUGCGCUUCUAGUGUAA